AAGAGAGUAAAAAAUCGCGGUGCCCGUCCCAGAGCCAUGGCUGCUCAGAGCACGGUAAGUCGGUAACACGCGACCGCAACCUCACCGGCCGCCAUUCUGAGCACUCCUCUGCCACUUCGCCGCGCGGUCUCGGGUCAGCAAAACCUUCUAUCCAAUCCGGCAGAUCCAUUCGCCGCCUUGGUUUUCAUUUCCCCAUUCUCACCAGUUCCCGGAGGAGUCUCCUUAGUUCGAGAAUCGUGUUUGCUCCUUUGGCUAGGUCGGCGCGUUGAGAUCCCUUAUCAUUCGUCGCUCGGCUCCGUAGGCCUGUCGGCUUCGUAGGCCUGUCGGCUUGCAUUGGAUUCACUGCGGGUUCUGUUUGGUGGAUAGGUAGGGUUUCUCUUCCAUUUUCUCGAUGGGGAAGAAGGGGUGCGCGGUGAAAAAGCGAAGAGGGAAUGGCGUCUCUGCGCCGAGGGAUGCCAAUGACACGAAGAGGAGGGAAAUGAAACGGAAGUUAGGUUCGAGUACUUCGCAGCUGGACCCAGUAGAUGAGGUGGACUGUGGAGUUGGAUACAGCUCAUUCUGUGGCGAAGGCAGUCGGAAUGAGACGGCGGAUGUGGAGAAGAAGAAAAAGGAGGUUUUUGCUUCAGAAGAGAUUUCUGUCUCUGAUAAUAAACAAGUUGCUGAGGCAGAGUUUGUUACAAAGCAGCGUGGUAACACUGAUGCUGAGGUCCCUUCAAAGAUGAUCAAAUUGGAUUCCUGGGAACAAGGUGAAAAGGAUAAAUCUCUACUUGACGUUAACAAGCCGCCGCAAACUCUUAUUUCACAAUCUGGUACUGAUAAAAUAGAGACAAAUGCAGGCAUAGUUGGUGGUUCCGAUCCCCUAGUGCCUGCAAAUAGAAAGGUGGCUGGAGUGGGCGAAAACCAAAUACAGAUACGUCCAGAAAAGGCUGGAAAGGAGGGAGCUGAAAACACAAAGUCGAUGAAAUCACCAGGUAAUUUUCAGAAACUCGGGGGCAACGAUCAUCAUACUAGCGGUGGCGCGGGUGACAGAAGAGCCGAAAUUGACAUUUCACGAUCCCAAGACCGUACUCUGAAGGUGCAAGGGAAAGCUGAUGAUGCCUUGAGGGUCCUACGUAGUAAUAAAGUGGGUGGGUUUGAGAAAUAUUAUAUUAGGAGGAAAUACAAGGGGGGGAUCCCAAAGGAUAUAAACUCUGUUUUUCUUGCCCGGGCCACAUUGAAUGAACCAGCUCUUUCUCCAUCUGAAAGGGUUGACGAAAAUUCAAAUUUUACUAGCACAAUGAGUAAAAAUGAAUUGAGUAGGUCAAAACAUGAGAUCCCCAAGAAGAGUGGAUCCGGCGAACCUAAAAAACAACAGAAAAUUGUUUCUCCUGACCGAGAAAAAAGGAGAGUAGCAGACACUGCAAAGAGCAAAACUGCUUUGAGAACAAAGAGUAGAUCCAGUACAGAAACAUCUUUCAAGAAAAAACAAGCAUCAAAGGUUGGAGGUGUAUCUCACAUUACAGAAAAGCAGAAACUUAGAGCACAGAUAAAAAGUAUACUUGUAGCUGCUGGUUGGACAAUAGAUCUUAGGCCAAGAAGGGGCAGAGACUAUGAGGAUUCUGUUUACAUACCGCCUGAAGGUGGUAGUGGUUAUUGGUCAAUCACAAAGGCUUAUGCAAUUUAUCAAAACAAAUUAAGUAUAACAAACAAUGUGGUGGGCAAGACUUCUUCUGGAAGGAGCUCUAGAACUUCUGCUAGUCAAUCUGUUGUACCUCUGGAGUCCCUUGCUUUAUUGAAGAGAGUUGUUGUUAACAAGAGAAGAAGAAAGGCAGAAGAGACUGAAAAAUUCCAGGAGGGCAGAAUGAAGAGGGUAAAGCAAGCUUCUUACAAGAGCCAUCUUAGAGAUCAGGUUAAGGGUAAACUGGCUUCAAACUCAAAAUUUUCUUAUAAUUCCACAUCUCAUAAGAAUGUUCACAAAGGAUUAAUAAACAAAAGGGGUGGACACACCAUCUUGGUUCGUGGUGGUCACAAUGAGUUAGAAGCUGAUGAUGCAGACUAUGUUCCGUAUGUCUGGAAACGGACAAUUCUUUCUUGGAUGAUAGAUAUGGGUGUAUUGCCAAUUAAUGGAAAAGUGAAGUAUAUGAACCAACAAAAGACUAAAACAAUGUUGGAAGGCUGGAUUACUAGAGAAGGUAUUAACUGCAGCUGUUGUCGCAAAAUCCUACCAAUAUCGGAGUUCGAGCUUCAUGCUGGUAGCGAACUCCUGCAUCCUUCACAAAAUAUAUUUCUGGAGGAUGGAGAAAUUUCCCUGUUCCUGUGCAAGAUUGAGGCAUGGAAAAAACAGGUUGAGUCUGAACGACAAGGAUACUAUUAUUUUGAUGUCAGCUGUGAAGACCCUAAUGAUGAUAUCUGUGGUAUCUGUGGUGAUGGUGGUUCCUUAAUGUGUUGUGAUGCCUGUCCUUCAACAUUUCAUCUGAACUGCUUGGGCAUUGAGAAGCCGCCUCCUGGAGAUUGGUACUGCACAAACUGCUGCUGUAAGUACUGUGGCAUUCCUAGUGGAGGAACUGAUGGGGCAGUUUUAUUUUCAUGCCAUCAGUGUGAGGCAAGAUAUCAUAAAGACUGUACUCCCUGCCCUGAAUCUGAUUCUGCCAUUCCCAAGUGUCCUACCAUUUCCUUUUGUGCUAAAAGUUGUAGAAUGGUUUUCAGUGGAUUACAGGAGCUUCUUGGGACGAAACAUGAUAUUGACGCAGGAUUGUCAUGGAGUGUUGUUAGGUGUUUUGAUGAUGUGGAUUCCUCUGAAUUGGCAUUAAGGUCGCGUCAAGGAGUGGAAUGCAAUUCAAAGAUUGCAGUUGCCUUUGCAGUUAUGAAUGAAUGCUUUCUUCCAAUUGUUGAUAAGAGAAGUGGCAUUAACCUUAUCCAUGGUGUUGUGUAUAAUUGUAGAUCCAAUUUGCGUCGGAUGAACUUUCAAGGUUUCUACACAUUUACUUUGGAAAGAGAAGACGAAAUCAUCUCUGUGGCAUCCAUUAGAAUUUUUGGAACCAGAUUUGCAGAAAUGCCUUUUAUUGGGACCAGAAACAUGUACAGACGCCAAGGGAUGUGCCAUCAACUUCUUAGUGGAAUUGAAUCAGCCCUCUCUUCUCUAAACGUUGAAAAGUUAGUUAUACCUGCAAUUUCUGAAUUAAAGGACACUUGGAUUAAUGUCUUUGGCUUUAGGCCUCUUGAGGUUUCUCAAGAAGUAGAUGCCAGGUCCAUAAACAUAUUGGUUUUUCCUGGCACUGGUUUAUUACAGAAGCAAUUGCUGAAAAGUCAUUCAUCAGAAAAUAUGUCUGUUGAUGGAGUCAGAUUGGUUAAAUACGACAUCGAACAUCACAAGAAAACGUCAACUCAUGAUUCUUCUGAGGCCCUUUGUGCCAUACUCGAAUUCCCUUACUCUGCUCAAACUGUUGGCUCUUGCAGAAAUGCUACUGAAAUUGAAAGAGAGAGUUCAGAUCAUCCUGCAGAGGCCAUCAAUUGCAAAUCUUUUGAAUACAAGUCAUCAGAGAAUGCUGGUGAUGUGUCAAUGAACACUUAUUCUAAGAGACGUUUAACAGUUUCUCACAGUGAAAAUAAAUCUCAAGUAGAUCUUACAACUGAUCAGAAAACUUUGAUUGACAGUAGCUCUGAUGCUAUUAAUCAGGAAGAAUAUGGUAUUGUUUCCAAGCAAACACCCAAUGUUUUUGCCUCUGCUUUUCAAAAUCCAAAAUGCUCUUUGCCUGUCAAAUCUCCCAUUAAGUGUAAGAUUUUUCAAGAUACAUGUGAGGAUCAUCGUGGUUGUCUUGAUUCUAUUACCUUCAAGCGUGUGCAUGACAUUAGAGAAAACAUGGAAUCCAUUAUGCUCCUUGGUGGAUCAGCCACACUGUUUGGUUCUGAAUCUCGGUGAAUAAGAUGGUAAACGUCAAAAGGUUUCUAUUAGACCAACUACCAACUUUUGCUAGUGAAUGAUGUUAUAUUUAUCUUGUAAAUAUGUUAUACCUUUAAAAUCACUGAGAACAUGAGCUGCUGCAGCUCUCUUUUUGGAGUAUCUUUUGAACACAGUCAACCUGCUACUGGUGGUUUAGUGAAGUUCCUGAUAUGAAGAACUACAGAAAAAUAUUUGGUUUUUGAUUAAACAUUUUUCUUAGCAAUAGUUUGCAACCAACAAUUUGGAUGGACACGUCUGAGUGUCUAAUUUCUAACAAACUUGAAUAA